UUUUUUUUUAAAAAAAAGGAUAGUUUUUUUCACCAAUGAAAAGAUAGAAACCGAUAUAAUGCUUUAAAAACACCUGUAUCAAUCCUGGCUUCUGCGUUACCAAGGCGAUAAGGGAUUCCCCUUCAAUGCGUAAUUAUAGGAUUGGUACGUUGUACGGAGGAAGGAAGUUAGAUAAGGCUGUUUAUAUAAUGUUUUUUCUCAAAUAAGAGAUUAAAUAAUACAUUUUGUAACUCAAAGUGAAAACGAUUUUCGUUCUGCUUUGUUGAAUGCAAAAGCGGAAUGGAAUGACUUUCGUUCUUUUUCAUGAAGAAUAUAACCGAGUAAUGAUGCUGAAGUAAUCUGUAGAAGUUUACUGAAUAAGCUAAAGAUUUUAUUAUUUCAUCAAAUAAUUGAUCGAGAAUAUUGUAUUCUUUACAUUAUCUGCUAAGUUUACAUGAGAAAUUAGAAGGAGAAGUUGCAAUACCGUGAAAGACAAUGUAUGAUUAGAAGACAGAUUCGUUUUGAAUGAUAUAUGUGAUAUCAAGAGAUUUUACUCCUUUAGGAAUUUCCAUUUAGCAAAAUAAACAGAACAAAGGUUUAACAAAAAUUGUCCUUUGCAAAAAACAUUUGACGAAGGUUUACAUUACUAAUUUGUUUCUCCAAAAAUGGCUGCCACUUUGGACAGUUUGGAAUUCGAGGACGUCGAAUUCGAUGAUGUCCGCCUGAACAGCAUUAAAAACUAUUAUAGAGAAGUUCCUGGAUUAAAAACACAGCGUUUAAAUGAAGUGAGGAGCUUACUUACAGAAAUUUCUAAUUUACGACCAUGCCUGGAUGAUAGCUUUUUGCUUCGAUUUCUUAGAAGUGCGAAAUAUCGUCCGCUGACUGUAUUGAAAAGACUUAAAACAUAUUACUUCAGUCGUAAUCUUUAUCCGGAAAUUUUCCAGAAUUACCUUCCGAGUAACACUUUGCGUGCUCAAGCGCUGAAUCACAUCAAAGCCCUUCCUUACAGAGCCAAAAACUUAUCAGCUAUAGUUGUUAUUAAACUAGGGCAAGCGGAUUUCCAACAAGUACCAUUCACAGAAGUACUGCGACUGUGGUGGUUGGUGUUUGAAACUCUGAUGCAGAAUCCCAUGACACAGCUCUGUGGUAUAACUGUCAUUAUUGACUGCGAUGAUGCUUCCCAAGAUGACAUGUCAGAAAUUAAUACUUUUCUGCCAGUUUGUUUUGAUGUGUUCCAUACUGAUUGUACUUUGGGUAUAAGAUAUUUGCAUGUCGUCAAUGUACCUGCACUUCUGUAUCUUCUGUAUCAAAAUAUGCUCCCUUCAUUUCCUCCAGAAGAUUAUCACCAGGCAGUGUUUUAUUUGCCUGACUCGGAUUUAGAAGAGCUGCAUAACCAAGUGUCUCUAGAUUAUUUGCCAGAAGAAUAUGGAGGGAAAUUGUCUCCUUCCAGCUAUGUGGACCUCAACUCGAUGGUGAAUGAGAAGGAGGACUACUUCCGAGAACAUUUGCAAUAUGGAGUAUUAAAUGAUGAACUGGAGUUGGACUGAUUGUCUCUCUAUUAUGUAGGAAGCUUCAGAAGAUUUUGAAAUUGUUAUAAGGAAACUUCUUCAUGAACUGAUCAUCACAUUCAAAGUAAUCUUAGGUAUUGCAAUCCAGUGUUUGUACUCUUUAUGCAAUUGAACCCCUUAUGCCCACUCUGAUCAUAAGAUCGCAUUUGUAUAGGCUAUUGAUAAAAUAUUCAAUAACGUUGUAGGUACAGUCAAAAACACAGAUUUCCUCAUUUGAAUUCAAACUGAUGCUGCUAUUGGAAUUUGAGAUGAUUUUAUUAAAACAUGAAAUAGGCGAAGAAUUAAACUUAACAUCACUGUACUGAUAUUCUUGUUAGAUUAAUUUCAUUUCGAAUAGUGCACUGCAACGAAACAAUAUAAAGACACAAUUAGAAGAAAUCGCAUUCUUAAGAACCGAACGCAAAUGUUCGCAAAACUUUGCCGACAAUUAUUCACUGUUGAACUUUAAGAGAAAAUAUAAAAUAAAGUACAAGGUGUUCAAAAUUCCCCUUACCCUCUAGAUCGUGCCCCCCCCCCGCUACUCUGAGCUCUCUAUACAUCGGACUACUCUCUGUAAAGGCUUCAAAAUUGUUGUACAUAUUAUUCAAGAUAUGAGGAAACAGACUAAACAAAAAAAAAAUAUUUCCAGAAACACGGAUAGAGAUAGAAAAUAUAUUGAAAAGACACAAAAUACGCACUUGUAGCACAUUUUAUUCGAAGUAUUAAACAUUCAAUCACAAGGACCUUAUCGAUGCAGGUGAAACUGCUCAAUAUGGUUCCCCUUUGAAAGAUAUAAAUUCUGCAUUCUGUGGAUUGCUUGUUCAACUGAGGAUCGUAAUUGGUGGGCCGAAAUGCUUCUCACAUGCAGAGUGAUAUUGUCUUUCAAAUAUGCCAAGGUCAGGACCUCACAGCCAAAAAUAUCAGAGAUUAAGAUCUGAAGAAUGAGAUAGAUAUGUUAUCAAUAGAAAAAUAAAAAGGAAAAAUUUCAUACUGCAUGUGCUUAUUUUUUGUGAUUAUGUGUCUUUUCAGCAUAUUUUCUGUUAUACAGCGUCAUCUAUCGGUAUUUCAGAAAUUAAUUUUUUUUUGUGUGUAAUCCGUUUCCCUAUAUCUUGAAUAUUGUGUUCAACAAUUUUGGAGCUUUUACACUGAGUAGUUCGCUGUACAGAGAGCUCAGAGUAGGGGUGUUUUAAUUUUGACCACCUUGUAUUUUAAUCUUGAUCUGCAGUUUCUUUAGUUUGAUUUAUACAGCAAGCGUGUUCAAUGUUAACAUCUUGAUUUUGUGGUGAUUUUGCAAUAGUUAUUUUGUAUCAGUCAAUUGUCAUCUGUUAUUAUAUGAUGUUGUUGUGAUUUGUUGCUAUAGUGAUUUUUGAGUCUUUAUAUUAUAUUAUAUGAUUUUUUCACCUUUAUAUUAUAUUUUGAAUGACUAGUCUAGACUUUUCAUAUUAUGCUGAAAAUGAUGUCAACAAUGACGAAAGUCUUUUGAUAGAAAUGUAGUGAUUAGAGAGAUAUUAUUUCAAUUUACUUAUGAGGACGGCUGUCAAAAAAUGUUUUUAAAUACUGUAGAAUAAUGAUGGAUUUGUUCAUUGGACAUUUUUAAAUGUUGUUUUAUUUAGAAUGCGUUGAUAUAAGUUUGUUCAGUGAAAAACUAUUUUCUUUGUACUGUUUGUGAAAGACAACAAAAUGAAUCCUUUUGUUUUCUGUGAA